AUGAGCUCGAGAAGCUCGGGCGGUUCUGGUGGAGGAGCUGGGUCUCGUCUGAUCGUAAAUCGUCGACGGCAAGAAGGGAACCCUGUACUGAAGUAUGUCCGUAAUGUGCGCUACGAGUGGGGUGACAUAGGCGCUGAUUUCGAAUGUGGCUCGACAUGUGGUGUUCUUUACCUGGCAUUGAAGGUUCGUCGAAAGCAUAAAUGGAUGGUAGCCAAUACUCCAAUAAACCGGCACGCAAACUCUGGGGCGCUUUUAUUUCGAAUCAAUUUGCAAAGAGAUAUGGAUGCAGUAGCCAGAACACACCGCCGAACUACGAUUCUCACAAGGCUCUCAGGAAAGGAGGAGAACAAGUAUGCGUGUAGAAUUCUUCUAACGCUUUGUAACGUCGACGAACCACGGCAUACAUUGCGCGAGUUAAACUUGCCUAUGUUAUCGGAUGGAUUGGACGCUAGUAUUGUGCUAUUCGGUGAGGUGGAAGAGGCAGCUGAAUACAUAGAGAAAUUUGAAAUCCCGACAGCUAGAGAUCCUAUUUCUAAGAAACCAGUUUUUGUGCCCGUUGAUGAGAAGAGCGCCCUUCAAAACGCUGCUGUUGGAAUCUUGACAGGUGCAAGGAGUGUUACCAAAGCAGAUGCACAAAGAUUACUGUUCAAUUUUGGGACACUGAAGGCUAUCAGUGAAGCAACUGAAGAGCAGCUUGCCUUGUGCCCUGGUCUGGGUCCGAUUCGUGCCAAAAAUCUCUACAACUACCUCAGAACGCCUUUUACAUCGUGA